AUGGGUGGCUUGACUAUCGGAAAAUCAGGAAGUGUACCACCAAAAUUUAUACGCUUGCCCAGUGGAAAAUUAUUUGAUUGUGGUCGAAAAGUGCUCGUACAUAAUAUCACAGAUUUGCAGUAUGUAUGCUCUCGCUUAAAUAUCUCCGAAGAUCAGAAGUUUUUCAUUCUUACUGAAUAUAAUGGUGAAAAAUGUCUCGUUCCUAUUUUUUACCCUCACCAUCCUAACAGUCUUCGCAACAGGACUUCAAAACUUUUAAUCGCAUAUUAUUUAUGCGAACAGUUCCACCUUAAAUGUAUUCAGCUAGACAACCCACAGGAUUGUGCUGAUAUCAAGUUGGUUAGUGAUGUCGUCAUUGCAAAUAAGAAUCAGCUAAAUACCAGUGAAGAAGACUCAAAAGCCCUAGAAGAGCUUUUAAAUUCUGAAGAAUUGUUUACACGACUGUUAAGUGUGCUUUUGAGUAUUCCUGAGCUUACUACUCAAUGGGUACAUGUGAAAGAUCAGAAAGGACAAUUAUACCAGAUUGGAAUUAAUAGAGAUGAAUUAAUUAUUCAUCAAGAAUUUGUUGAGUCUUUAUCAACACGUUUCAGUUGGCAAGUUUUGGGCAAUGCUAUUGCUAAUCGUUCAAUUGUAACACUUCCAAUAUCCAUGAGUGCAGAAAAUGCAGAAAAAUUGAUGGAUUUUAUUGAUGUAAAGAGUAGCACUAAAAUGAAAAGUGCGUCAAAUACGGCUAAUCUAAAAGAUGAUAGAAAUAAUUCACAGUCUAUCGAAAAUGACAAAAACAUUUCACAACAGUAUAUUCUUAAAUUUCGAUUAUCUGAUGCCAAAAUCGCUCAACGAUUAGCUUUACAAUUAUACACGAUAUGCAAUAGAGUGAUAAAAGAGUCAAACAAUAAUACAAGGAUACAAUGCAAUGAUGUUGAGAAAGAGGAAGAGGAAGAUGAAAACACUACUUCCGGUAUGCUGACACGAUUUAAUCGACAAUUUCGUGAUACAUUUAGAUGUUUUUCAAGACCAUUUAAUAUGAAAUCGAAAGUAUCUAAACGUAAACCGUGUUCAACACUACUAGAUCCAAAUAAAACUACACAAAGUGUUAAUAAUAAUAACAAUAAUGUUGAGGCAACUAUAACUGUUCAGCCAUCUUCUAUAUCUGAUCAUUCUCUGUCAACUUAUAGCAGUAUGUUUCCGAUAUCGACUACUGGCAUACCUACUACCAGUGUUGCUUUUGUUACAAGUAGUAUUAGUAGUAACAGUUGUUGUGUAACAAUGAAAUCUUCAGUUAACGAUAAUGUUGUUGAUGAAAAUCUUAAAAUAUGUUCAUAUUCUCCUAUGUAUUCGUCUGUUCAAAUGGACCCACCUACAAUGAUUACUAAUCAAUCACGUAUCACAGCUACUGCACACACAACAUUUAUGUCAAAUUCUAAAAUGAAUCAACAAAAUAUUAUCACAACGAAUCAUGAAAAAAUACCAGUAGUUGUGGAACCAAUUGAAGUAGCUGCCGGUGAAGCACAAGCAGAAUUAAAUGAACGUGAUAAACAAGUUUUACAUUCAUUACUAAUGAAUAAAUCUUCAACGAUUGUUUCCUCUGUACCUGUUAAUAAUUUCUCGUACACCAUCGCUAAUACUUCAAUGAUGACAACAACAACGCCCAUGAAAUCCAUUUCAAAUGAAUUAUCUUCAUCUCAGUUAUCGUCAUUCAAUAAUUUAUCAUCUGUUGCUAUGAAUAAAUCAAAUUCAACAUUUCAUAAGGAACCGUCAAGCAUCAGCCCAAUCAUAAAUACUACGAUAACAACAUCAGGGACAACAACAACUAUCAAUCAAGAUAAUUUGUCAAGACAAUAUACAAAUGAAAGUAUCUUUUCAUCAUCGACAAUUCCAACAAAUGGUAAUCUUGCUACAUUUUCACAUUCAUCAUCUUCAAUACAUACUGAAAUGUCAGGACAGAAGAAUUUUAUCCCAUCAGCCAAUAAUUCUAAUGUUACUAAUACACACUUUGUGAAAUCAAAAUUGGAUACAACCGUUGUAGAAAAACAGAUUUCUGAUAACGAAAAUCUGAAUCUUCAGGCUACUUCAGAGCAUGUUAGUUGUGUCACUGGACCAUCUAUAAAAUAUGUUGCAGCAAAUUCUGCCAAUGUGGUUUCUGCUAAGAACAAUGUUGCUUCAUCAGUCGAUAUCAAUAAUAAUAAUUAUAACAUCCCAGAUUGCCAAAAUGUCGUCAAUUCAUAUGACGAUCAUAAUGUCGAGUCUACAGUUAGUCACGCCACCAGUUUAUACGCUCCACAACCAUAUACAACGGUUAAAUCCGAUAUAAAUAAUAAUAUUUCAAAUGAUAUAAAACCAACUUUAAACGGUUUCAAACCUGUAAUGGAAGAUGAUUCUCUCAAAAUUACCAAUACUACUUCUAUAUCUUCACCUUCAACUACAUCAACUUCAGAUUCAUUCCAAUCGCGUAUUAAACCACCUUCGUUUACCGUAAAAACAUCAGAUUUAAGCAAAAUAAGCACUACAAAAGUAACUUCUACUACCGUCAAAGUUGAUGAAUGUUUCAAUUCCAACCAUGUAACACAGAAUAAUAAUAACACAAUGUCCAAUUCAUUUCAUACGCCAGAAAGUAUAAAAAAUCAUAAUAAAACAGAUUCUCCCGAAAAGAACAAUGUACCGAAUACACCAUCCAUCGUAUGCUCCGCGUCAGUUAGUGUAACUGGAAUUCGUCCACCGAGUGGUAUUAAAGCUCCAUCUAUUACUCCAGAUAAAAUGAAGUCUAGAAUUACUACUAACGGACAUACCAAUGCCAGUGCCACCGACACAUCAGUUAUGUCUACACAUGAUGAUAUGACAUAUAACAAAAAACAAAUUCCUACAAGCGUUGAACCAACCUGCGAAUUGAUAAAAAGACAAGAAUCAAUUACAGAGGAUAGUUUAGAACAUCCUAGUAGUUUACCUAGACCUCUAGGAAUUUCACCUUCUUCAUUUCACGGUAAAGCUCAAUCUAAACUUCGACCUUUAUCAGGAAAUUCACCAAUCGCCAAUUCUGGUAUACCUGCACCGUCUAUAAUGCCACCUGUUAGCGGGCAAUCUCAUAUGCCUGUACCGAUGAAUAAUACUUCUAUUCCUUUGCCUAGUGGAAUAAAACCACCAUCUCGUUCACCAAAGUCUGCAUUAGCUAAGCAUUGA